AAACCAUUUUGUCCAGUCACCAGAAGACUCGCAACACCGACAGCUAUCCUGGUUAGCCCUCAACAGGGUUGAUUCACUGUUUUUCUGUAUUGGUACGUGGGGUAUUUGACUACGUCUUGCCACCCAAAACUUGACCCUUUUGCUGGGGUGUGGUUGCCUGUGUCUGGUGCGUCAAAGUCAGCUGAAUAGGGAGUUUUUUUCCUGAGAGAUUGAGUUACAAGUGUGUGGCCAGCUAGCGAUUUUAGCCUAGCAGAGGGUGGAGACAAAAAAGUUCCAAGACCUCGCCCCAGCCGUUACUUCAUUCUAGCAGGCAGCUACUCUCUCGACUCUGUGAGGGUUCCACACCACUUUCGCCGAUAGUUUCAAAGGGGAGACUGUGACACGUCGGUGUCAACGAGGAAAAAACCAGUAGCCAUGUUCAGGAAAAACUUGAAGAAGGACCCUGAGCUGUUCCAGAACGUCUCAGAUGGACUGCGGCGGCUAUACCGGACCAAGUUAUUCCCUCUGGAGGACACGUAUCGAUUCCACGACUUCCACUCCCCUGCCCUCGAAGAUGCAGACUUCGACAACAAGCCCAUGGUUCUCCUUGUGGGCCAAUACUCAACCGGAAAGACAACUUUUAUCCGGCACCUCAUGGAGCAGGACUUCCCCGGUAUGCGGAUCGGCCCUGAGCCGACCACAGACUCAUUCAUAGCGGUAAUGCACGGCGAGCAGGAUGGCGUGAUACCGGGGAAUGCUCUGGUAGUCGAUCCAAAGAAGCCCUUCCGCAAACUCAAUGCCUUCGGCAACGCAUUCCUCAACAGGUUCAUGUGUGCCCAGAUGCCAAACCCUGUCCUGGAGAGCAUCAGUAUCAUCGAUACUCCUGGCAUCCUGUCUGGGGAGAAACAGAGGAUAAGCAGAGGUUAUGAUUUCGCCGCCGUGCUUGAGUGGUUUGCCGAGCGCGUGGACCGCAUCAUCCUCCUGUUCGACGCCCACAAACUGGACAUAUCUGAUGAGUUCUCUGAGGUGAUCCGUGCUCUGAAGAACCAUGAGGACAAAAUGCGUGUGGUUCUGAACAAAGCGGAUCAGAUCAGCACUCAGCAGCUCAUGAGAGUCUACGGAGCACUGAUGUGGUCUCUGGGCAAAAUCAUCAACACACCUGAGGUUGUGCGGGUGUACAUCGGCUCAUUUUGGGCGCAGCCCCUGUUGGUUCCUGACAACAGGAAGUUGUUUGAAGCGGAGGAGCAUGACCUGUUCUUAGACAUCCAGUCGUUGCCCCGAAACGCCGCUCUGCGCAAACUCAACGACCUCAUCAAACGAGCCCGUCUCGCUAAGGUGCACGCCUACAUUAUCAGUUCUCUGAAAAAGGAAAUGCCCAGUGUGUUUGGGAAGGAGUCCAAGAAAAAGGAGCUGAUUGCCAACCUGGGGGAAAUUUACAGUAAGAUUGAGAAGGAGCAGCAGAUCUCACCUGGGGACUUUCCAAAACUACUGAUUGUGCAGGAGCUGCUGAACAAUCAAGACUUCUCCAAGUUUGCACCAAUAAAGCCCAAGCUGCUGGAGGCAGUGGAGGACAUGUUGGCCAAUGACAUCGCCCGUCUGAUGGCAAUGGUGCGGCAGGAAGAGGCCUCCAUGCCCAGCCAGACGGUCAAAGGUGGAGCCUUUGAAGGAACCCAGACCGGUCCAUUUGGUCAUGGCUAUGGAGAAGGAGCCAGUGAAGGCAUCGAUGAGAUGGAAUGGGUGGUGGGUCGUGACAAGCCUUCGUACGAUGAGAUCUUCUACACCCUGUCACCCAUCAAUGGAAAAGUGUCUGGCAACGCUGUCAGGAAAGAGAUGCUGAAAUCUAAGCUGCCCAACUCAGUUCUACGAAAAAUCUGGGCACUGGCAGACGUGGAUAAAGACGGCUACCUUGAUGAUGAAGAGUUUGCCCUUGCCAACCAUCUCAUCAAGGUGAUGCUGGAGGGCCACGAGCUGCCGGCCGAGCUGCCUGGUCAUCUAGUGCCACCCUCCAAACGUGGGACAUUAGAGGAUUAGAGGAAGUAAGGGGAGGGGUCAAGGUUUGGAGCUGUCAGCACCUGGUAACAUGUUUCAGACUUUCCAGACAAAAAUCCACCCACAAGCAUUAAAAACCAACAUCCUCCAUUAAGCUGUGAGUCUCCAGACCUCCUGCCACACCUCGGGGGUGGAAAGAUGUUGUGAUUCUUUUAAAACCAGAGAGAGACUGGAGGUUUCCUGACAGGGGGUUGGGGAGAGGGAGAAGGUUCUUCAUACAGUAGGGAAUAAGAUUCAGGUCACUGUUAGAAAAGAAAACGUACCACCUGAUACGAAGACAAAUCUGGAUUGUGAACUGAAAGGCAGUGGCAGGUUGCAUGAUGGGGCUGAAAAAUGAAUUUUUGGAUCCUGUGAAAAAGAUGUCUUAUAAAUAACUACAGUCCAUAUUAUUAAUAUUAUUAUUAUAUGUUGAUCCAAAGAAGCUAUAGUUUUUUUUUAUUUGGAAAGAAAAAGAGGAAAUAAAUCAAAAACAACUGUUAGAAUUGUUUUAUCUCUAUUUUUGUAUUUCCUGACUGUUAAAUUUAACUCUUUCCAAAUGCUUCCCUUUUUAUUAUUUUGCCAGAUAAAUAAAAAGGAGUACUGUACCAUCUGACAUGUGCUCAUGUGCCUUCAGUUCAAAUGCUGUUUGAGCUUCAACAGUUGGAGGAAGUUGUAAACUAAACUGUGUUUGAAUCAUAGUUGGGAUCGCUUUAAUUUGUACUCAUUUGUCAUUUAGAGGUCAUUCAAACGAACUUUAUGUUGAAAUGUCAUCCACGGUAUUUUAAACUUGCUCUACUGCCCUCUGCAGGCUGGGAGUAAAACAAUCAGACUUCUCAAGAGGAAACGAGACCAUUUGUACCCAACAAACAAGUGGCUGCCAGCAGUGAAUCUUUACAGGCAUAUGGAAAACAGUGAUGUGCAGACAGAUAUUAUCCCACAGAACUAUAGAAGACACAUGGAGACAAUUUGGAGAGCUUCAAAAUUCAGUCCAGGCCCAGAGAGAUGAGUAUAAAUCAAUGAGACAGGAAACUCUCUUGAGACCUGCAGCCAAAUAUAAAGCUGGCUUCAUAACAAUUAUUCACAUCAAAAUUUUUAACAAUGGCCAGAAAUGACCAAAUAUGUUUUCACUAAAUGAUCUAGUGAAUUAAUAUGAUUCUAGAUAAAAAAAAACUAGAAUAUUUAAGGAAUUUAUUGAUUUUUCUUUUUUUUUUCUUUGUGCUAUCUUUUCUUUACAGGUGAGUGUGUAUUUAUUGUGAACAGCAGAAUGGUGAGUGAUUUAUUGGAAGACUUGGAAUGACAUCACAACACAUUUCCAUGUCAGUCAUGUCUGGUCAUGUGUGACUUUUCUACCUUCAGUUUGUAAACACCUCGUGAUUGUCCUGGUUAUGAUCCUUGAAUUCUGGAUAAAAGCAUAAAUCUUUCACUGUCACUUAACACAAUAAACAUCACGUUUCACCUUCA